AUGUGGGAGGGAAUCGAAAGAGCAUCAACUCUGUUAUCAAUCAAAAAGUAUAUCAAAACGUACACGACGAACCCAAAACUCGACUACUUAGCCCAUCUUAUCCCGUAUUUCAUCAACCUAGGAACUCCUUUCGGAAAAGAAGAAGUAUCAACGAUCUUAGAACACUUGUUUCUGUAUAUCGAACAAUUGAUGGAUGGAAGUGGUACACACAUGCAAAAGAGGAUCAGCUUUCACCUACUUCUUCAUAUGGAACGACAUGAUGGUUUAAGCAGGGUGGAAAUCAGAAGCUUUGUUCAAAGAAAUGAAGCUUAUGCUGAAACAUUUCGUAGACUUUAUAUUGAUCUUUUGCAUAAAAAGGUUCCUGAACUCGAUACAGUGGUCUGGACACUUAAUGCUAAGAAAGAAUUAAAAGUUCAACAAGUCUACGCCAUUCUGCAGAGCUUAUGCUCACCUAACCUUUUAUUGACUGAUAAAGGAAACUUAUUCAGAGUCUUGAAUUUAACAUGUGUCAUGUAUCCUAACGUAAGGGAAAUUGUGAAUAGAUACCUCAAUGAACACCACGAAAGUACAACACUUAUUUUUCAGAUGUUGAGGAUAUUCUAUACUAACUUGGAACCCAAAAAUGAAAAUCCAAAGGAUCUUAAAGAUGACAUUGAGGAAAAAGGUAAAUCCAAAGACAUUUUUUAA